UUGUUUAUCGUUGGCGGCCAACGUAUGAACGUGAACGUUAUCGAUUUUCUACGUUUAUUGUCCGAUCUAUGGCGUUGUGUGCAAUGAGUGCCAGCGGGAGUGGAGACGAGUUGAAGGCAGAGACAGAGACCCUGAAAGCCAAGCUGAGCCAGGUGCAGCACACGUUCCUAGAAGAAUGGUCUGGAGACAUGACUGCUGCCAUGGCAGAGCAGAAGAAGAGGCACGAGGAGGUCAUGAGGAAAGGAAAAGAGGACAUGGAAGCAUUGAAAACAACACUUGAGCAGUUGAAAGGUCAGGCAAAGACGAACCAGAAAGUCAUGGAGGAAAGAAUUGGUAAAAUGAAGCAGCUCAGGGAGGACAUUGGCACAGUAACAACAGAGACAGACUCUUUGUUGAGAGAGAAAGAACUUGCUAUGGAGGAAAUGAAGUCCAUGCAGGAAUACAUUCAGAAGCAAAAAGAAUUAAUAACAGCCCAAGAACAAGCCACCCAUCAGAGGUUAGAUGAACUACAAAAGGCUUCAGAAUGGUUUAAAGACCGAUUAGGAAUACAGUUCAAGAAAACAUCAGGGAACAGACUACAGAUGGUGUUCACGUGCAUAGACCCCAAAGACACGUCCAGGCCUUUCUUCUUCUCUGUAAAGAUAGAGGCAGAUGGGACCUACACAGUGUCGGACUGUGAACCAGAGAUCGAGAAUCUUCCAGAGCUGGUUGAAAAACUGAAUGCAACCAACAACUUCAGGUCCUUUGUGAUCACGAUGAGAACUUUGUUCAAGGCAAAAGUGUGUGGGUGAUAGAUAUAAAAUAUGGACACAGAAAUGGGGAGUAGAGCUUUAGAAGUGCCAGUUCAUCUUAUGCAAAUAUAUUGCCAGUCAGCAAUAUGCUUGUUUUUUAAAGGUCACUCAUGAGCUGUAUGCAGGGGGGAUGAUAAUGUGACCGGGGG